CAUAUCAAUCGCAUCAUUUGUAUCUGUGGCCUACUGUGCCGUAUUUGUGCUUGAUUUUAGGUUGGUUCUGUGACAUAGCGAUUUUGUAUCUUGUUUUCCUACAGUGUUAAAAUAAUUUAGUAAUUAACAAUAGUAAAUAAUUAUGGCCCGAGGUAGUAGUGCAGGUUUUGACAGGCAUAUUACGAUAUUUUCGCCAGAAGGGCGAUUAUAUCAAGUCGAAUAUGCUUUUAAAGCCAUAAACCAAGGAGGUUUAACAUCUGUUGCACUGAAAGGAAAAGACUGCGCGGUGGUUGCAACUCAAAAGAAAAUUCCUGACAAACUUAUUGACCCGAGCACUGUUACUCAUCUCUUCCCAAUAACAGAGAAUAUUGGCUGUGUAAUGACUGGAAUGAUCGCGGAUAGCCGUUCUCAAGUUCAAAGGGCUAGAUAUGAAGCAGCAAAUUGGAAAUAUAAAAAUGGAUAUCCUAUUCCAGUGGAUUGUUUGUGUCAGCGCAUGGCUGAUAUUUCUCAGUUAUAUACGCAAAAUGCAGAAAUGAGACCUUUAGGCUGCAGUAUGAUAUUGAUAGGAUAUGAUGCUUUGAAAGGACCCUGCGUCUAUAAAACAGAUCCUGCUGGUUACUGCUGUGGUUUUAGAGCCAUUAGUGUGGGUGUAAAGCAAACUGAAGCCAAUGGAUAUCUUGAGAAAAAACUGAAGAAGAAACAGGUUUGUUUGAAAUUUGAAAGUACUGUCCAGUUGGCAAUUUCAUGUUUAUCAACAGUGUUAUGUGUUGACUUCAAACCUUCAGAAAUUGAGGUUGCGGUGGUUACGAAAGAAAAUCUUAAAUUUAGGGUUUUGACAGAGGCAGAAUUAGAUGUUCACUUGACCGCUAUUGCUGAGAAAGAAUAACUGUUGCUAGAGACAUAAUUCUAAUUAUGAUUACUGCGUAAUUUAGUUAUAUCAGUGAUGGAUAUUUUUAUUAAAGAAUCAAAAAACAUUCAACUUUUAUAUAACCUAAUCUCAAACAUUAUACAUUAUAUCAGCUAUUUGAAAGGACCAUUUUGAUCUAUUAUUGUUUUUGGUGUUAAAUUGUUGACUUGAAACAAAUUUAUAUUGCAUUAGUUGCGUAC